CUGUUUCUGAAAGAUUCUCAAUAACAUCCAACAGUGCAGAUCACGUUCUCUGAAGACUCAGAGAGACUCCAAAAUGCUCUUGUCCCUCUUCUUGUUCGGUCUGGCUCUGGGUGCUGUGUCUUCAUCUGAUGACCAUCAAGGGCAGUUACAGCGUGGCACCUGUCCCAUGUUCUGGUUCAACUUCAACAGCCGCUGCUACAAGUACGUCGCCACACGUAUGACCUGGGCUGAUGCAGAACUCCACUGUGUGUCAGAGGGAGCCAACUUGGUGUCUAUCCACAGUCUGAAUGAACACAAUUUUGUCAAAUCCCUGGUCAAGAACUUUGACCCUGCUGAAGGAUGGACCUGGAUUGGACUCAGUGAUGUCCACAAAGAAGGCAGUUGGAUGUGGUCUGAUGGGUCUGCAGUGAAGUUUGUCUUUUGGGCCACAGGACAGCCAGACAACGCUGGAGGACGGGAAAACUGUGGACACCUCAACCUUGGCACAGAAUUAAAAUGGAAUGACCAUCAGUGUUCUCAGACAUUCACUUUUGUUUGUGCGUCUCGCACAAUUUGUCCAUAGCAAACAAGAAGGUUGUAUCUGAGUCAACUCUGUGACUUUCCACCUGUUGCUCUGUAGUAAAGCAUUAAGCCUGCAUAAAGAAGAACAAAUGUCAAAGUGAAUGUACUGAAUGACUCUCGUGAAUAAACUAAAAAAGGAA